GCCCGAGAGGCACAAACAGCGCAACUAGAACUAGAACCGCAACGAGACCCAGAACUGCCUCCGGUAUCGGACCGGAAGCUUACAGAUCAUUCGGUAGCCAAACAACCGGAGUGUAUUGGAAACGACACAGCGUACGAAACGAAAUGAUAAGUUGCCGUUUCGUUCUGCAGACAUGAAAAUCAACAACCGAGCGUCAUCGUCGAUCUUCUGUGCCGCCGUGUUGCUUUCGGUGGUAGGGACUGGAUUCGAUGGGGCGGCUACCGUUUCGGCCCUUUCUCCCUCCGGUGUGCCAACGGCCCGCACAAGAAGCACUCGAGCAACAACCGAACGGAUACGAAACAGCAGAUCCAUUCACCGCAAAACCAACCGCAACUACAAGUACAAACACAAACAAAAACGCAGCAGCGAUUUCGCUCUGUUUAUGCACAGCGAAAGCAGAACCACAAGCGGCAGCCACCAAGGCCCGAAUGCGGGUGCCCAACACGACAACCGCAAACAUCCUCCAAGCAAUGUCCCCGGCGUCUCUCCCCGGACCACAACCAGCACCGCCCGAUCCGCGGCCCUCGUCGACAUGGAAGGUGCUUCCCCCAGCGGCAGCAGGAGGGAAAGCGGUGGAAUCCGCAUCCGCUCCCGGGUGCAGACCUUUCUCAAGAAGAGGAAACGCGGCAACAAAUUCGUUCAGGAGGUGACCGACAUCGACGCCGUCAAGGGGCUCAUUGUGGAAUCCGGGAGGACCGCCGCCUACACGGCCGUCAUCUUUCACGCCCCGUAUUGCAAGGCCUGCAAGGCCUCGAUGCCCCUCUUCGAGAACCUGGCCAAGAAGUACACGUCGCCGAACGGCCCGCCACCCAAACAGCGGCGGCGGAAGCAGCAGCACCCCGCAAACCAAUGCCCCUCCCGGCAGCGACCGUCCGACCCGGUGUGGGCCGCCGCGUCCUCCUCUUCCGGAAGGGGGGAACUCUUCGGGGAAGGAUCCCCUGCGCUUUCCGGCGCCCCCGCACCGGAGGGACCCCUUCCACCGGACGUUCGCUUCGUCUCGGUUCCCGUGACGCAGGAAAACGCCGCCGCCCUCGAGGACGGCUUUGGGGUCACCCGGUUCCCCCUGGCCCACAUCUACGACCCGAAAGAGGGGCUCGUGGACGAGCGCCCCGUCCUGCGCAAGCGGUUUGCCGGUUUUGAGGAACGCCUGGCCUCGGUGGUCGGCGACCGAAGCGGGAGCCACCGGCCUUCCCCCGAAGGCUCCUUCAACGCCACGUCCCCGGCGUAGCCCCCCCUUGCUUGCCAAGCGAGAAAAACGAACCCGCCCGAGCGGCAGCGUGCCGCUGGGAUUGGUGGGUGGUGCCGCCGCUUGUGCUUCCGACCGACCACACGGGACCCUACACCACACCACACUGCACUAUACUAUACUA